AUGGCCUCUGGAGACUCUGAGAUGGCUGUCUUUGGGGAGGCAGCUCCCUUUCUCCGAAAGUCAGAGAAGGAAAGGAUUGCGGCCCAGAACAAGCCUUUUGAUGCCAAGACAUCGGUCUUUGUGGCCCAUCCCAAGGAGUCCUUUGUGAAAGGGACAAUCCAGAGCAGGGAAUCAGGGAAGGUCACUGUCAAGACUGAAGCUGGAGAGACACUGACCGUGAAGGAUGAUCAGGUCUUUUCCAUGAACCCUCCCAAGUAUGAUAAAAUUGAGGACAUGGCCAUGAUGACCCACCUCCAUGAACCCGCUGUGCUGUACAACCUCAAAGAGCGUUACGCAGCCUGGAUGAUCUACACCUACUCCCGGACUUACUCGGGUCUUUUGUGCGUCCCUGUCAACCCCUACAAGUGGCUGCCGGUGUACAACCCGGAGGUGGUGUUGGCCUACCGAGGCAAGAAGCGCCAGGAGGCCCCUCCACACAUCUUCUCCAUCUCUGACAACGCCUAUCAGUUCAUGCUAACUGAUCGCGAGAACCAGUCGAUCCUGAUCACCGGAGAAUCCGGAGCAGGGAAGACUGUGAACACAAAGCGUGUCAUCCAGUACUUUGCAACAAUUGCAGCGAGCGGGGAGAAGAAGAAGGAGGAACAGCAGUCAGGCAAAAUGCAGGGAACGCUUGAGGAUCAAAUCAUCAGCGCCAACCCACUGCUGGCGGCCUUUGGAAACGCCAAGACCGUGAGGAAUGACAACUCCUCACGCUUUGGCAAAUUCAUCAGAAUCCACUUUGGAGCCACAGGGAAAUUGGCUUCUGCUGACAUUGAAACUUAUCUGCUGGAGAAGUCCAGAGUCACUUUCCAGCUCAAGGCGGAAAGAAGCUACCACAUAUUUUAUCAGGUCACCUCCAACAAGAAGCCAGAGCUAAUUGAAAUGCUCCUCAUCACCACUAACCCGUAUGACUACCCUUUUGUGAGUCAAGGUGAGAUCACUGUUCCCAGCAUUGAUGACAAGGAGGAACUAAUGGCUACAGAUAGUGCUAUUGACAUCCUGGGCUUCACUGCUGAUGAGAAGACGGCCAUCUACAAGCUGACAGGGGCCGUCAUGCACUACGGGAACCUGAAGUUCAAGCAGAAACCAAGAGAGGAGCAGGCAGAGCCAGAUGGCACAGAAGUGGCUGACAAGGCUGCUUACCUUAUGGGUCUGAAUUCAGCCGACAUGCUCAAGGCACUGUGCUAUCCCCGAGUCAAGGUUGGGAAUGAAUAUGUGACCAAGGGUCAAACUGCACAGCAGGUGCACAAUGCUGUAGGUGCUCUUGCAAAGGCUGUCUAUGAGAGGAUGUUCCUGUGGAUGGUUAUUCGCAUCAACCAACAGCUGGAUACCAAGCAACCCAGGCAGUACUUCAUUGGUGUCCUGGACAUUGCUGGCUUUGAGAUCUUUGAUUUUAACAGCUUUGAGCAGCUGUGCAUCAACUUCACCAAUGAAAAACUGCAACAGUUCUUCAACCACCACAUGUUCGUGCUGGAGCAGGAGGAGUACAAGAAGGAAGGAAUUGAAUGGACGUUCAUUGACUUUGGGAUGGAUCUGGCUGCCUGCAUUGAGCUCAUUGAGAAGCCCAUGGGCAUCUUCUCCAUCCUGGAAGAGGAGUGCAUGUUCCCCAAGGCAACUGACACCUCUUUCAAGAACAAGCUCUAUGACCAGCAUCUGGGCAAGUCCAGCAACUUCCAGAAGCCCAAGCCUACCAAAGGCAAGGCUGAGGCCCACUUCUCCCUGAUACACUAUGCUGGCACGGUGGACUACAACAUCACUGGCUGGCUUGAGAAGAACAAAGACCCCCUGAAUGAAACUGUCAUUGGGUUGUACCAGAAAUCAUCACUGAAAACAUUGGCCUUACUCUUUGCCAACUAUGGUGGAGCAGAAGCAGAGGCUAGUGGUGGCAAGAAAGGUGGGAAGAAGAAGGGUUCUUCCUUCCAGACUGUCUCAGCUCUUUUCCGGGAGAAUUUAAACAAGCUGAUGACCAAUCUGCGAAGCACCCACCCCCAUUUUGUACGCUGCAUCAUCCCAAAUGAAACAAAAACACCUGGUGCCAUGGAGCAUGAACUGGUGCUUCACCAGCUGCGAUGUAACGGCGUGCUGGAAGGGAUCAGAAUUUGCAGGAAAGGAUUUCCCAACAGAGUCCUGUAUGCAGAUUUUAAGCAGAGAUACAAAGUAUUAAAUGCAAGUGCUAUCCCAGAGGGACAGUUCAUUGACAGCAAGAAGGCUUGUGAGAAACUUCUUGGAUCAAUUGAUAUAGACCACACUCAAUACAAAUUCGGUCACACGAAGGUAUUCUUCAAAGCUGGGCUGGUAGGCCUCUUGGAAGAGAUGAGAGAUGAGAAGCUGGCACAGCUCAUCACCCGCACACAGGCCAGGUGCAGGGGCUUCCUGAUGAGAGUGGAGUACCAGAAAAUGGUGGAGAGGAGAGAGUCCGUUUUCUGCAUCCAGUACAACAUUCGUGCAUUCAUGAAUGUCAAGCACUGGCCCUGGAUGAAGCUGUUCUUCAAGAUCAAGCCCUUGCUGAAGAGUGCAGAAUCUGAGAAGGAGAUGGCCAACAUGAAACAAGAGUUUGAGAAAACCAAGGAAGAGCUUGCAAAGUCUGAGGCCAAGAGGAAGGAGCUGGAGGAGAAAAUGGUGAAACUGGUGCAGGAGAAAAAUGACCUGCAGCUCCAAGUGCAGGCUGCUCGUAUUGAGGAACUGGAGGAGGAAAUUGAGGCAGAGCGAACCUCUCGCGCAAAAGCAGAGAAGCAUCGGGCUGACCUCUCCAGGGAGCUAGAGGAGAUCAGCGAGCGCCUGGAAGAAGCGGGAGGGGCUACUGCUGCCCAAAUUGAGAUGAACAAGAAGCGUGAGGCAGAAUUUCAGAAGAUGCGCCGCGACCUCGAAGAGGCCACGCUGCAUCACGAAGCCACAGCUGCCACCCUACGGAAGAAGCAUGCGGACAGCACAGCUGAGCUUGGGGAGCAGAUUGACAACCUGCAACGAGUGAAGCAGAAGCUGGAGAAGGAGAAGAGUGAGCUGAAGAUGGAGAUUGAUGACUUGGCCAGUAACAUGGAGUCUGUCUCCAAAGCCAAGGCAAACCUGGAGAAGAUGUGCCGCACUCUGGAAGACCAGCUAAGUGAAUUUAAAACAAAGGAGGAGCAGAAUCAGCGCAUGAUCAGUGAUCUUAGUGCUCAAAGAGCUCGCCUGCAGACAGAAUCUGGUGAAUAUUCACGCCAGGUGGAUGAAAAAGAUGCUUUAAUAUCUCAGCUGUCUAGAGGGAAACAGGCUUUCACCCAGCAGAUUGAAGAAUUGAAGCGGCAACUAGAGGAGGAGAUAAAGGCCAAGAAUGCCCUGGCCCAUGGCUUGCAGUCUGCUCGCCAUGACUGUGACUUGCUCCGGGAACAAUAUGAGGAGGAGCAGGAAGCCAAGAACGAGCUGCAGCGCGCCCUGUCCAAGGCCAACAGCGAAGUGGCCCAGUGGAGAACCAAAUACGAGACGGAUGCUAUUCAGCGCACGGAGGAGCUGGAGGAGGCCAAGAAGAAGCUGGCACAGCGGUUGCAGGAUGCAGAGGAACACGUCGAAGCUGUGAAUGCCAAAUGUGCCUCCCUGGAAAAGACAAAGCAGAGGCUGCAGAAUGAAGUGGAGGACUUGAUGAUUGACGUGAUUGCCACAUCCAUACUCACACUACAUUUCUCUCAGAUCCUGGCGGAGUGGAAGCAGAAGUAUGAGGAAACACAGGCUGAGCUGGAAGCCUCCCAGAAGGAGUCUCGCUCUCUCAGCACAGAGCUGUUUAAGAUGAAGAAUGCCUAUGAGGAGUCCUUGGACCACCUGGAAACACUGAAGCGUGAGAACAAGAACUUGCAGCAGGAGAUUGCUGACCUGACGGAGCAGAUUGCUGAGGGAGGAAAGGCGAUUCAUGAGCUGGAGAAAGUCAAGAAGCAGAUUGAGCAGGAGAAAUCUGAAAUCCAAGCCUCCCUGGAGGAAGCUGAGGUACAGGCAGUGCUAAUGGUGUCCAGACUGAAAGUAUGGGAGUAG